AUGGGCGUCGACACGAAGAAGAAGGCACCGCCGCUCCCCGCUCCUACCGAGACAGAGACGACCACGCCGACAGAGGUCACAACCGACAUCUCCAAACCGGGCGACGAAAAGUCCUCAUACUCGCUUCCCGAGGACGGCACGCCCGUCACGAUUCGCACCCGUGGCCACAAGGCGAAUCGCUCCCAGACCUCGCUCUUGAUCGAAUACUUCGAGGGGGGCAAGCCCGGGUCGGGGUCAGACCGCAAGCCCAGCGUGCGCGUGCGCCUGACGCCCUCCAAGAAGAGCAAAGGCGAUCACAUCCAGGUGACGGAGACAAAGGGCACCCGCAAGGCGUCCCUGACCCGCCGCAUACCUCUCGACGAGGCAAUCGCAUCUCGCGAGAUUCAGCUCGGUGGAGAAGGGGGCGAAGAUGCCCACAGCAUGACCUCGUAUGCGUCGGCGACGGAGGAGUCCAAUGUCUCGAGAAAUCCGAUCGAUAUAGAGAUUGACCGAAAUCGUCGACGACGGCGUCCGGCAAGCCCGCUGAUCCCUACCGGCGAAACGUAUCAGCCAGGCAACCCCUCCGAGAUCUCUGCGAUCCCGACGGACAGCUUCCUCGAUGGCUCCGGCCCUACUGGUGAGCUCAAGCGGUCUGCCAGCCCGUCACGGGUUGGCGACGGCAUCGCAGCCGCCGCAGCAGGAGCACUAGCCGGUGUCGCCAUGGGUGAAAUCAGCAGCAACAAGCCUCGUGGCAAAGAAAGAGUCAAGAUUUCAGACAGCAGCGCAAAGGAAAAGUCGUCAGACCGGAAAAGGCGUUCUAAAAGUAGAACAAGCAGCGUCAGCGAGCCCGUGGCAGACGAAAUCCGUUCCUCGCGCCGUCGGUCAAGCCGUGGUCACCAGGAAUCCACUGUGUCGGCCGCGGAUUCCAGUGUCCUGUCGUCUAAUCUCUCUCCGAGCCACCGCUCCUUCGACACGCGUUCCAUGCGCUCCGGCGCAUCCAAAUCGUCCAUUAACAACCCAAAGUUAUUGGAGACUGUCGAAGACGCUAUUCGAAGGUUGAUUUUGCCCGAAUUGAGCGCGCUCAAGCGGGAGCAGAGCAAGCGCGAGGCUCGGCGCGGGUCUCUUACAUCGACUGGCACAUCGGCGUCAAGGGAUGAUGUCUCCACAGAUCGGAGGCGGUCCUCGGGCGGCCACCGGAGUGAACACUCCCGCGACCCAUCUCGGCAUAAAGAGAGGAGAAACCGGGAGGCUCGACAUGACCUCGACGAGACGUCGCUGCGCAGCGCGAGCCACGACUCCAUCGACGCAGAAUACCGCGCACACGAUGGUGAUGCGACCACCCCGAAACGCAGCAACAACCUGCUCAAGGUUGCGGCAGCAGGCGCCGCCGGGGCAGCGGCAGCCAAGGCUCUUUCGUCCGCCAUGGACGACAAGACCGAUUCCCCGGACAGGACGCAGCGCGAUCGACGUCGGCGGCGUGCUGAGUCUGCACGAAGUCGCAGCUUGGGCCGCGACCGCUAUUCGGAAGAGUACGACGAUGAGGAUGAUGAGAUGGCGCCGGCGCCUCCAAUGCCGCUCAUGAGCGACAUCAACCCAUCUGAGUUGACACGAACAUCUAUUCUUUCGGCCGACACCGACAGGCCUCACUCUGCCAGCGAAGAGCUCGUAUCUGGCCACGACGCUGCUCGUGGGCUGGACUCUCCCGGGUCAACGCCAACGAGAGCAAGGACACCAGCAGAUCUGCAGCACACCCUUGGAACAAAGCACGCCAACGUUUCUCACGGCGACCUGAAUGCACUUCCUCGGGGACAGAAGGGCUAUGUGCAAGAGUAUGAGACCGAUGAGUUUGGCAGGAAGGUACCCAUCGGCGACUACGACGACUAUGAGCGCAGUCGAAACAUGCCCGAGGUCGAUGACUACCCCGAGGACGACUUUGAGGAUCGCUACUACAGCCAACAGGACGUCCCUCCCCCGCUCAAAUAUGUUCCGUACCAAGCCGGCGCCCGGGGGCUUAGUCCGAUUCCGAGCGUCUCUGGAUACACUGAAGGCGGAAGCGAAGCACCGCGCCCCCUGAGCUCUCGCGACGUGCACUCGCCCAACGCCCUUCCUUCUCCUGGCAAGUCUCCCGAGCAUGGCCGCUAUGUCAGAUCGGCCCACUCUCAAGACUCGGUUCCAAGCAACAUGAGGAGCAGGGAAUUCGAUCGGGCCUCUGGCCACAGCGAGAACGAGCGAACCGCAGCCGGCCAGGCAGUCCGAGGCCUUGGCGCAAACCCCGACUUUGUCCAUCCGCCAAGCGGCGUGGAAUCGGCAGUCGCGUCCUUGGUGGAUGGCUCGAUGCUAGAACAGUCUGUGAUGACAACUGGAUCCGGCUAUGACUACAGCGGCCAACGCGAUUCCACCAUCUCCGAUGAUCUUCACAGCAAGGUGGACCGCAGCAGCAGGGGUAUCAGCCCGGAUAAGAUGUCCACCGAUAGCUACCAUGGCGCGGGAGAAAGCAUGAGGGCGGCAACGCCAGGAUCCCGGUCGCAAGCCCAAUCGCAGGACUAUUCGGAGUAUGACAUCGACGAGCAUGGUCGAAAGGUGCCGCGCACCAGGUAUCGACACUCUCCCACGGCCUCCGAGGCAGCCAUUACGGCCGGUGCCGUCGGGGCUGCGGCUGCUGCUCUCAAAGCAGCCCAGGGGAGGAGACAAGCAACGGUCGAGGACAGCGCGGACGAGGCUUUCCAGCCUGCUGGCGUGUCGCGCAACAAGUCCUUCAAGGAACGAACGACACAGCAUGGUUGGGAGCCCCGGAACACACCCACUCACAGCGUGGACAGGCUCGAUUUCGAGGACCAGCCGAAAAUGGCCGCUAGCGGCAUCCCCGACAUGAAUAGCCCUAUGCCUGAGAUAGGUUAUAUGGACGAUGACUUGCAGACGAACCCGUCAGUCGUGGAAGAGCGACUGGAUGGACAUCGCGACGAGCACGACUGGUCUGGAAGGGCAACCCCGACACAGCGAGACAUUGGUGGGUACGAUCCCGACGGCCAUGACAAGGGCGGCGGCCUAGGAAUCACCGAAGUCGCCGGUGCUGCAGCCCUCGGCGCAGCUGCUGGCAUGGCCGCUAUGCAUCAUGACGAACCCGAGGAGCUCGACGAGUGGCAGCGAACGUCGGAAGAGCGAAAGCGCGACACCCUGGUCACGAACCCCUACGAGGACGCAAGCCCCAUCGCCAACCCGGCUCUCGAUGAGACAAUCUUGAGUGGCCGUGGGCUGGACGCGCAGUUCCACACCGGAAGCCCCGGUUUCGGGCCAAAGUACGACGAAGGCUACAUGUCGAAUGGGCCGGUCCGAACACCAGACGUUGAGCCGAAGGGCAAGGCCAUCGACUUCGGCACAGGCGCGAAUCUGGGCGACGACCCGUUCUAUUCCCCUCAGGGACAUUCGCGCCAUCUGAGCGGCAUGUCGCAGGGCAUGGCUUCUCCGUUUUACGACGCAGCCACCGGUGCUGGGAUUGAGCGUAUCGAAAACAAAGACAUUGUUGCCUUGAUGCAACAUCUCAUGGUGCGUGACGCCCAGAGAAGCGCAAGAGACACGGAGAUCGUGGCGCUGCUCAUGAACGCAGCGCUGGAGAUGCGCAAUUCAUUCCGUGAGAUGAAGGAGCUGGUGCAGGAUACUGGCGACGACGUCAUCUUUGCCAACGUGGAGAACACGGAGAAGCUCCAGAAAGCCAUCAACGGCCCCAGGCCGUACCCCGGUGCAGCGUCGCGGUCCAUCCAAAGCGGCUCCCAGGCCGGUACCAUCGACGAUGUCGCGGCCAAAAAGAAGAACCUUUGGCGGCGGGCGUUACAAGGCCUCGGUGCCAAGGGAACGAGCGACCUCAGCCGCAUCGAAGACAUGCUUAUGCAGCUGCUUGGUGAGGUUGACGUGUUGAAGAUGCAGACAGCGCAGCCGGUGUCUACCGGUGGUCCCGGCCAGUCCUACGAGAACCUGCAGCCGGAGGCCCAGUAUGAACAAGACAAGGGCUACGAGCCAGAGGGCAUCUCGACUGCCAGCCAUGCCAGCCAGUCGGGCCAUUUGGCCGCCUCUCAACCCAAGACCCUGGCCCCGCCCUUCGCGGGGGAACGGCGAGCGGUCUCGGAUCACCGGAUCAGCACCGUGGAGGAAAACGACGAGGAGUAUCAGUAUGAUCACCCCAGCCCGUCGGCCGAGAGGAUGAAGGCCAACCUGCUCUCUCCUGGGCGGCCCGACCAGGUCCAGCGAGGCGGGUCUGUGCCGCCAGAGACUCCGCCGCAGCUCGUGGACAGGGGCGACCAACACCCACAGAGUGCCGAAAACACCCCCCGGACGGACAGGGGGAAGAAGCACAAGUCCAGCAGCUCUUCUGGAUGGCUGCCCAAGAUCUCCCGCUGGUCUGAAACGACGACUUCGAGCGUCGGGCGGAUGCUCCGUGGCAGCGGAGGCAAGAAGGGAGGACCCAAGUACGACGACUUCCAACCGCCUUCACGGUCUGGGUCCAGCCUGGCCUCUUAUGAAGACAACUACAGGCACGAUCCGUACGACGACAAGCUCCACACGGGGUUCUCGGACCAGAAUCUGGUUCCCGAGCCACAUGGACGAGAUGAAGGCCCGCCCCCGACAUCGUACCAGACACCGGAAGACCCCAAGUACAAGGCUCACAGAAACUCGGUGAACCUUCAGCAUCCGCAGCCCAGGCCGGGGCAGACGGAGCGCUACCGAACAGCCCUGGAGACAUCGGCCCAAGAGUACAGCAACAACCCGACGACCCCGAGGUCGGCAGACUGGGCGGGCUCGGCCACCAGCCUCAACCGGCUGCACGGGAAUACCACCAGGCACAGCAACACUUCGUCGGCCGCAGCCGCAGCCACAGCUGCUCAGGAAGCAGAGUAUUGGCACUCGUCGCCGGGACCGCCACGACCGCCCAAAGAGCCGAUCGGCAGCCCCCUGUCGCCGACGUCCCCGAGAUCUGCGGACAUGGCGCGGCUCAAGGAGAGCAGCCCGCCGGCGCAGCAAAGCUCAGAAAGCGGCUAUGGGACGCUGACGGCUACGCAUCUCAGCCAUUAUUCUGGCAGCAGCCCGAAGCUGGAGAACCGGAACCUGAGCGCAGCGCUCGGUGUGCCCACGCGGAGGCCUACCGGACCGCGGGCGAUGACACCGAGGCACCCGGAUGAGGAUGCCGCGAGAGAGGAGAGACGGCGCAAGCGAGAUACAUUUGGCACGGUGGCAAGCGAGGACACGGACACGUUCUGA